AUGUUGAGUCUGCCUUCCGAAAUUCUCCUCCAGAUCGUAACGUUCAUUGAGUCAGAAUGCGACAUCAACUCAUUUGCGCGAGCCUCCAAAGCUACCAAUUCCCUAUUUAGGUCUUAUUUAUAUAAGCGAAAUGCCCGAGAGUCAGACGGGACGGCUUUAACAUGGGCAGCCAGGCACGGCGAGCCUCAGACAGCCCUAGCUUCAAUCGAGGCAGGAUCGUCACGCAGCGAAGAAGCUUUAAACUUAGCAAUUGGGUAUGGCCAUGAGUCAAUAGCGGAGCUAGUCCUGAAGAAUUGCUCAAUCGAUCUCAGCAAAAUGGACAGCAGCGACAGGACGCCUCUAUCGCGUGCUGCUAGCGGAGGAUGUACGCAACUCAUCCGGCUCAUGCUGGAACUGGACGCAACGAUACUCAACGCACCGGACGAUGAGCUCGGCCGCCCGGCACUUGGAGUCGCGUGUACUUAUGGGCGCGAACACGUCGUUGAGCAGCUGCUCAGUUAUCCUGAUAUCGAAGUUGACCUUGCGGAUGAUCAGGGAUGGACUCCUCUCUGCCUGGCCGCUGAAAAGGGCCAUGUUGGCAUUAUGAACCUCCUUCUGAGAACUGAGAAGGUCAACGUCAACGGCGUGAGUGAAGAAGAAACCACGCCUCUGUUUUUGGCUGCUGAACAGGGCCAUGUUGCCGCCGUGAAACUGCUCAUGAGCCUCCCAGAGACAGACAUAAACAUACCGGAUUCGUACGGCGAGACGCCGCUUCUUGUCGCUGCGCGGCAUAGACACACGGAUGUUGUCAGCUGUUUACUUGAGGAUACCAGGAUCCUGGUUAAUAAGAAGGAUGCGAGUGGUGAUACGGCGCUGGCAAUGGCCGCAAGCAACGGUCACCAACGCAUUGUGCAGCUACUUCUGGACAGCCCUGCAACGGACUUGUAUUCUACAAACUCGGGGAGACGGAUGCCGGUUGAGGUAGCUGCCGACGGAGGUUACAAUAGCAUCGCUUGGUUGAUAUUGGACGCAAUGAAGCUGAAAGACAAUGGGGUAUCCGCCACAGCAUCUACAAAUAGAGCACCAGAUGCAGAUAUCAUGGAUGAUCUGGAUCCACAAGACUGUGAUAUGGAUGAGGAUACCAAAUCUAUGCCUUCAGAGGAACAAGGGCAACAAAGUCCAGUAUCAGACGUAGGAGCAUUCAAACCUCCCCGAAAUCUAUCUAGGCUCGAUCGACAGCCACUCGCAUGGGCAGCAGAUGACGGAGACAUCGCUCUGGUAAAGUCAAUACUGAGCUCAGGCGACGUAGAUAUCAACGCCAGGGAUUCUAUGGGCUUUACCGCACUGGCAAUUGCAGCAUCAAGAGGCUUCCACGACGUUGUUGCAGUAAUACUUGAGGCAGAGGCUGUAGACGUUAAUAUCCCAAGUGGCUUCGAUCAAUCGCCUCUAGCACUGAGUUGCGAGGCCGGCUACGCUUCCAUCGUUCAACUUCUGCUGCAAAGAACUGACUUGGACGUAAAUUCCGAAGAUGACAGCGGGAAAACUGCAUUCGCCACUGCUUGUCUAAACGGACACAAGUCUGUGGUAAAACUGCUUCUUGAGAGAAGCGACGUCGAUAUAUACCAGCUAGACAAUGGGAAGCAUACGGCACUGUCCCUCACGUGCAUGGAGGGACAAGAAAGCAUAAUCCUAGACCUCGUCCAGGCAUUCAACGCACGAGGCGACGGUAUUAAAUGGCGAGACGGCUCAAACAUGAAUCCAAUCGCGCGGGCCGCAUUUCACGGACACACAAAAGUCGUGUCUUUGCUGUUAAAGCAUACGAAAAUUAGUGUCAAUACCAAGGCCAGAUACCGCAAGACGGCAUUACUGAUAGCAACGGAGCGAGGACACAUUGAUGUCGUGAAUCUGCUAUUACAACACCCGUCCACCAACAUCAACCAUAAAGACGGUAAUGGGAGGUCCGCUCUUUGCCUUGCAAUCGAAAACCGUCAUGAUCAUAUCGCAAAGGCACUGAUAGACUGUGAAAGGGUGGAUAUCAAUGCGAUGACGACAACGAAUUGGAGUCCCCUUGCUUUGGCGCUGUUCCGUGGACGGGAGGACGUUUUCAAUCAUCUCUUACAGCGGGCGGAUGUUGUGAGUCGUGAUUCUUUUCAUAACUUUGAACUUAUUCGGCGGAAUCGAAGGCGGGCGACGAAUGGGGGAGCUGAGCGAAGGAGUUUUGUAGAGGUUUUGGUAUGA